AGCAGAGGAGGGGACGCGCGUGCCGCUUUCCCGGGUUUCGGGACGGCGGCCUGUUUUGUUGUCGUCUGAGGCUCCCGGGAGGGUUUGGCUGAGACCAAGGGAGUCGUUCGGAGACAUCCAUCUUAUUUUGUUUGAAAAGUUACUCGUCCAAGUUGUCACUGCGUGACAGCCUGGAAUAAAGCUAGUUUGCGACCGCCCCUCCUCUCUUCCCUGAAGGUCUCGGAGGCAGCAAGGCUGACGCGGUGCUAAAUUGGGCGGGGACUCCGCGCCCCAGCUCUCCCGCGCCAGAGCUCAGAGCUGAGCAGCUUGGCAGCCGGAGCCCACGAAGGAUGAGGACAUCGACUUUCGGGAUAAAGGCUGAGUGAAGAAAAAUCAGGCCCGAGUGAAAUCAGGAGGAGGGAACCCAGGGGGCCGCCUCCCCGAGCCAGGAGGCGGGCUUUGCACCCGUGAAAAUACACGGGAGCACCAGCUGCUCUGGGCAAGCGCCCCAGGAGCGCUGGGACCAACUCUCCACGUCCGAUGCCGGGUUGGAGCUGCAGAAGUUAGCGGAGGGCCACAACUCCCUGCAGCCGCCGCCCGGGCCCCUACGCGCGGGACCCUGCUCAGCCCACGCGGCAGCAGCAAACACUUUGGCGUGGCCGGGGGCGUGGCCGAGGAAGCGGGCCACGCCCCUCUUUCCCAAUUCCCCUCCACUUCCCGCUCCCAUUGGUCACGAGGAUGGCCAAUGAGCGCUCGGAUCGAGGUCCUACCCUGGGUCUGACUCCGAAGCUCCUGCCAAAACUUUGGGAGUUUUUAGAGAGGAGUUUUUUUUUUUUUUUUUUUCUCUUAUUACUUUUUUUUUUUUUUAAGCUAACGGAUUAUUAUUGUUGUUGUUUUAAAUUUAGCUCGUAGGGCUUAGCUGUUUGGGUUUUCUUUCGGUGCCCGGCCCCUGUCUCCCCGGCUUCCCUGGAGUGUGCGGAGCCGCGGCCCCUGCCCGCCUAGCAGCUCCAGAGCCCCUCGCUCGCCUCCGGCCCGCGGGGAGCGCGGGCGCCUCGCCGCCUUUAAAGUGAGGCCAGGGGCCGAGGCUGUGACCGGCCGGGAUCCGGGCCUCGCCUCCCUCGGUGGCGCUAGGGCUCCCUGGCCUGUCUUCAGUGCGGACGGAGAAGCGAAAGCGGAUCGUCCUCGGCUGGGCUGCCGCCGCCUCCGCGACUCAGAGCGCCCCUCCCCGCGCACCCACCCACCCAGCUACCCGGCCGGGCCCGGCCGGGCCGCGGCGGCGCUCGGCGCACCCAGCCAGAAUGUUCGCCGCCGGGCUGGCUCCCUUCUACGCCUCCAACUUCAGCCUCUGGUCGGCCGCUUACUGCUCCUCGGCCGGCCCGGGCGGCUGCUCCUUCCCCCUGGACCCCGCCGCGGUCAAGAAACCCUCCUUCUGCAUCGCAGACAUCCUGCACGCCGGCGUGGGGGAGCCGGGGGCGGCCCCGGAGGGUCUGGCGGGGGCCUCGGCCGCCGCCCUCACCGCGCACUUGGGCUCGGCUCACCCGCACGCCUCUUUCCAAGCUGCCGCCAGAUCCCCGCUUCGACCCACCCCGGUGGUGGCGCCCUCCGAAGUCCCGGCUGGCUUCCCGCAGCGGCUGUCUCCGCUCUCAGCCGCCUACCACCACCAUCACCCACAGCAACAACAGCAGCAGCAACAACCACCGCAGCAGCAGCAGCCUCCGCCUCCACCCCGGGCUGGCGCCUUGCAGCCUCCGGCCUCUGGGGCGCGGGGGGUCCCGAAUCCCCCCCAUAGCGGCUCGGCCCCGGCCCCCUCCAGCAAGGACCUCAAAUUUGGAAUUGACCGCAUUUUGUCUGCAGAAUUUGACCCCAAAGUCAAGGAAGGCAACACGCUGAGAGACCUCACGUCCCUGCUAACCAGCGGGCGGCCCGCAGGCGUACACCUUCCCGGCCUGCAGCCUUCUGCCGGCCAGUUCUUCGCGUCACUAGAUCCCAUUAACGAGGCUUCUGCCAUCCUGAGCCCCUUAAGCUCGAACCCGAGAAAUUCAGUCCAGCAUCAGUUUCAAGACACGUUUCCAGGUCCCUACGCUGUGCUCACGAAGGACACCAUGCCGCAGACGUACAAGAGGAAGCGCUCAUGGUCACGGGCUGUCUUCUCCAACCUGCAGAGGAAAGGCCUGGAGAAAAGGUUUGAGAUUCAGAAGUACGUGACGAAGCCCGACCGAAAGCAGCUGGCCGCGAUGCUGGGCCUCACCGACGCGCAGGUGAAGGUGUGGUUCCAGAACCGGCGGAUGAAGUGGCGGCACUCCAAGGAGGCCCAGGCCCAGAAGGACAAGGACAAGGAGGCGGGCGAGAAGCCGUCGGGCGGCGCCGCGGCCGCCGACGGCGAGCAAGAGGAGCGGAGCCUCAGCCGCUCGGAGGGCGAGGCCGAGAGCGAGAGCAGCGACUCCGAGUCUCUGGACAUGGCCCCCAGCGACACGGAGCGGACCGAGGGGGCCGAGCGGUCACUGCACCAGACCACGGUCAUCAAGGCCUCGGCCGCCGGCGCCCUCCUCCCGGCCGGCGGCGGCGGCGGGAGCGCGGGAAGCGGCGGCGGCGUUGGCGGCAGUUUCGGCUUCGGCAGCCUUGGCGGCGGCGGCGGCGGCGCGGGUAGCGGCGGCGGCGCCUCGGAGCUGCUGCCCGCGCCCCAGCCCACCCUCAGCGGCGCUCCGCAGAGCCCCGAGCCCGCCCCGGCGCCGCUGGGCGGCCUGUAGACUGCGCGAGGCGAGGGGCCCCGGGGCCCGCGUGCCGCCCCCUGCCGCCCAGGGUGGGCCGGACUUCGCGCCUGCUUUGCGUUGGCAAUGGGGCCAGGGCGACGCCGCGGCGGAGCGCCCUUCCCUGCGGUCCCACCUGCCCGUCGCCCCCGCGCAGGUGCCCAGAGCCGAGGGGGGUCUCAGUGCCCCCGCCCGAGGCCCCCUCCCCUCCCCCGCGCCGGCCAAACACUUCUCCCCGGCCGCGAGCAGUUCACACUGUGAAGUGUUGGACGAAACAGUUCCUCCCCGCACUCGGGGCUGUGGCGCAAGGACGAGCUACACAUAGGACGACACAAACUUGUAAAUAAAAUGUUUACUACGGUU